AUGUUUUCGCGGUUCAAUCAACUGGCCCGCCAUCUGUCUCGCCCAUUCCCUAACUACGCCCACACAUCCGCCGCUGCACUCGCGUCUCGCGUGCAACCUCUGACUAGCAUGACAUCAUCCGCAACGUUCCACAAGAACAAAUCCAAGACGAUACACACGGCGGCAUGCCUGAUAAUUGUUGACACAAACUCCGCCUACUUCGCCCGCUGGUGCUUCUCGCUCGGCAUCGCGCUCAAACGCAUUGAAGUAAUCGCUGACGACGAGGACGAGAUCAUCGAAGGCGUCCGGCGCAUGAGCUCCAAGUAUGACUUUGUCGUUACCAGUGGCGGCAUCGGCCCUACGCACGACGACAUCACCUACGCCUCCAUUGCAAAGGCAUUCAACCUGCCUCUAAAACUGUACGAACCAGCCUUUGAGCGCAUGAAGAAACUCUCGAGACCCAACCAACUGCAGCCGGGAUUCAGUUGGGACGAGCCGUCGCCGGCGCUGACGGCGAGGUUACGAAUGGUUGAAGUGCCGUACGACGAGAGCGUCGAUGAGGAUAAGCAGAAUGUGUUUGUGGCGGAUGAUUCGUGGGUGCCGAUUGCGACUGUGAACGGGAAUGUGCAUAUCCUGCCUGGUGUACCAAGGCUCUUUGAGAAGUUACUCGAUGGGCUCAAGCCGGUCGUUACGCCGCGGUUGGCAGACCCCGAGGGAAACGGUUCGUACAGAGUGAUGAUUAGCACACCGCUCCCCGAAAGCUCGGUUGCGGCGUACUUGACCGAUCUGGCACUCAAAGUCAUGCCGCAUGGUGUCAAGGUGGGAAGUUAUCCGCGAUGGGGGAAGAAGAGGAACACGGUGACGCUGGUGGGUGCUAAUAAGGAGUAUAUUGAUUCUUUGGUGCCGGAGGUUGAGAAGAAUGUAGAGGGACGACGUGUUCAGAGGGAGGAUGAAGACGAUCCAGCUGAUGCUUAA